AUGGGUGAGACAGAUCCCAAGGAGCGUUUGGCCCGGCAGAGAAAGCAGUUACAGAAGAAGUUGGGAUUGGAUAUGGGUGCUGCGAUCGGCAUGGACACAGAGGAGCUAUUUAAUGAUGAGGACCUGGAGGACGCUUGUGCUUCCAGUACCAACAGAUCACAGCCUGGUAAAAACCUGGGAUGUCAAUUCUCACGCAACCAUUUGCCAGCUGCAGAGCUCAUAGAUUCUGAGUUUCGUCCAGGCAUGUCCAAUCGACAGAAAAAUAAAGCCAAGAGGAUGGCGAAACUUGUGGCAAAGCAGAGAUCCAGAGACGUGGAAACUAAUGAGAAGAGCAAUGACAGUUUUGAGGGAGAGCCAGAGGAGAAGCGCCGGAAAACCACAAAUGUAGUCAUUGAGCAGCCAGCAACCAACAGCAAAGUCUUAAUUGAUAAUGUCCCUGAUAACACCAGUUUAUUUGAGGAGGUGUGAG